AUGACCCACGAAUUCGAAUGUCCAUAUGCUGUUGGUAAUGUGAUCAAUAUUCACUUGAAGACACCAGAUGGAUUGGAGGCAACAGCAGAUGCCAAUAUCAUUAAAGUCUUCGAGCCGUUCACUCUUUCCUCUGUGAUGCUUAUUCGGAUGGCCUGCUCCUCUUUAGGAUUGGAAGGCGAUAUGAUUUUGAAGCUCUUUGAUCGGCGAUUUGCAACACAGCUUCGGGAAGACGAAAAAAUUCGACCCUGGACCCCAGAUACAGAGACUGAGUACCGUCAAUUUGUCCUUGAUGGUGGUGUAUCAGAGUUUGUUACUCAGCUCAACGACGGUGAAACACCUGAAGGCAGUAUAUGGAGUGCGGCCAUGGACGAAACUUAUCUUCAUGAUCACAUGUUGGAUCUGUAUAAGACAGAGGCCCAGGUAUAUAGCAACCUGAAGGAGAUUCAAGGCACCGACAUACCAAAACUCCUUGCAUCCGCUAUUAUGCCUAUUCCCUACCCAUGUCAAACGAGCAGCGAAUAUACCGAUAUUCCUGGGAUCCUUUUGCAAUAUAUCGAAGGCUUCCCAUUGACCGAUAUUGAGGAAUAUACACUAAGAGAAAGCUGGCAGGCCAUCUGUGAAGACGCCAUUCGAGUUAUUAAUCGUAUCGGUGAUCUGGGAAUACUUACUGAGGAUGUCAAAACAAGGAGCUUCAUUGUGCGUGAGGACGCGGGGAAUGGAUUUAAGGUGACCAUGAUCGAUUUUGCGCUAUGCAAAUUCCGUCAAGACUAUAAAGAUGUCUAUGCCUGGGAUAAAUGGAAAUCGAUACAGGACGAAGAGGGAGCAGUGGGGUAUGUUAUGCAGAGGCGUCUAAAAGGUGGAUUUUCUUACCGUCGAUCUGCUCGAUACGAAAAGCUAGAUGAGGAAUUCAGAAAGGGUGAAUGA